GUGUGAGCCACUCUACCAAAAACCAUCAACUUGAAAAGCUGAAUGUUGAUCCUUUUUACUGUUGCAGUUGUUGAUAAAUUUUCCUCUUUUCUACUUCAUGUAGUAGUUUAUAUAAUUUUCUAUUAUUUAAUAUUUUUCUCUGUUGUUUAUGUUCCUAGUGGGCUAAUGUUUUAACGGUUGAUUGUUUCAACUUCUUUUCUCUUUUUCUUUUUGUUUGUUUUCUUCUCUUUUUUUCUUUCCCAAUUUUCUCUCCUUUUCUGUUCCACCAUCAUCAACAUCAUUUCAUCUUCUCUUGUAUUCUAUUUGUUGCUGUUCUUCUUGUUUUUUUACAUCUUUCUCUGUGUUUGGAAAUCACAACAACACCAAGAACAUAUUUUUCACUCGAGUUCCUUAUAUUUGGAUUACCCUUUUUUCGCUCUCUCACACACACUUUUUUUUCUCUAUUUUCUAUUCUAAAUAUUAAGGUGUAGGUGGUGGACAAUGAUGAUGGCUUCCUCAAUCUGUUCAAAUAGUGAUAAUAAUGGUGGUCAUUUGGUACCUUCUUCUGGAGAUGUUGAUUCUGGUUCCAAUGAGACAACUAUUGGACAAAGGUUAGCCUCAUUGGAGAAACAAUUGGUUAUUGAGCUUAAGGUUAAAGAGGGUGCGGAAAAAUUGUUACAAAUGUAUACCAGUGGUUCAUCAAAGGAUAAAAAAUUACUGGCCGAGGCUCAGUUAAUGUUAAGUGAUGCCAAAGAGAAAAUUGAAUAUAUUAAAAUGAUGAUUAACCGGGUAAAACAAAAACAAGAUUUGGAAAACAUUUCAAAAGGUGAUAAUAAUGGCUCAUCUACUGGAUUAACUGGAUCAACUAACCGAGGUAAUCAUGGUUCAUCUCGUAGUGGAAGUGUUAACUUACUUGACUCUUUAUCACCUUUAGAGAUACGUAUUGAAGAUUUAAGACACCGGUUAAAGGUUGAAUGUGCCAUCGUUGAUGGUGCAAGAAAUGUGAUCAAAUUAUAUCAAAGUUCCAAAUUAACCGAUCGUAAAGCUUUACAAGAAGCUCAAUCCAAUUUAUUAGAAUCGAGUCAAAAAAUUGAUCUUCUCCGGAAAGCCUUGGAAGUAUGUCGAACCCAAUUACCCCCUGGUUCACCAAAAUCGGCUAUACUUAAAGCUGACCUGGAGAAUAGUCAAUCAAUUACACCUUCAGUCUAUUCUCCGACUAUACAAACGUUCAAAUGUUCAGAUGAUCUCGUUAAUUCAACAUCUCCAGCCACCAUAUCCAAAGCCGCUGCCGUUACCGGUAAACUUGAAGUUCGGUUAAUAGGUUGCCAAGGACUUUUGGAAGAUAUUCCCGGUCGAUCACCUAAAAACAAUUCAAGUCCCGGUGAUUUAAGGAGUUUAGUGCGUGCAACCAGUAAAGGCCUUAGUUUAAGCUCAUCAAGAUCUUACAGUGUUAAAGAUGAAACAUCAAAUGAAAUAAUGGCAAUACUUAAAUUGGAUAGUGUUACAGUUGGUCAAACAGGUUGGAAAGCCUGUAGUCAAAUGGCCUGGGAUAGUAGAUUCACCUUUAACCUUGACAGAUCUCGAGAAUUGGAGAUACAAAUCUAUUGGCAUGAUUGGCGUUCUUUAUGUGCCGUUAAGUUUGUUCGUUUAGAAGAUUUUGUUGAAGAAGUUCGUCACGGAAUGGCCUUACCUCUUGAACCACAAGGAAUCCUUUUUGUUGAAAUUAAAUUUAUUGAUCCAAUGAUUUCACGUAAACCCAAACUACAACGUCAAAAAUUGUUCCGUCACAAAGAUAAGAACAUACUCCGUCCAAAUCAAAUGAAUAUUAACGUUGCCACUUGGGGACGAUUAAUUAAACGAGCUUUACCACAAGCAUCAUCCGAAACUAAUCUUGCAUCAAAUUCAUUCUCAUCUUCAACCCGAUCAACAACUACCACAACAAUUGCAGCUAAUGAUAAAAAUGCACCAACAUACAUACCAAGCUCACAAGGAGUAGCUUCAACCACUACAAUUACUAGUACAUCAUUACCUUCAUCUACAAUUAUCUCAUCAAUACCGCCACCACCACCAGCAGCAACUAUUAUUUCAUCAUCUUUAUCUGCAUCAUCCUCAUCAUCAUCAUUAAAUACAAUACCAUCAAUUGUACCUUUAACAACAGUUACAACACAUUUACACCCAACACCAACUAUUCAAACCGCUAAUGAGUCUCGUAAUAAACAAGAAUCAGCUGACCAUAAUAAGGCUCGAUUGAAAGCAAGCUUAUCCAACGAUUCACAAGUUAACUCGACCUUGAAAAGUUUUGACUUCCUCAAUGAGUGUAAUGUCAAUGAUACCCUGCGACAACAACAAUCUAAACAAAUAGUCACCACACCAGGAUCAACUGAGGCAACACCAUCACCUCCAAAUUUCAAUGAUUACCAACGAGCCAGUAUUCACAGUAUAGAUGAAAAUGAAAUUGCCCGAUUAAAAUUAAGAUACUCUCCUGGACCCGAGCCAAUUGUUGACCUUCCCGAAGAAACGGAAAGUCCACCGAAAACAUUAAUUCCUGAAUCUCCUAAAUCGGGACAACGAAUGACAAUUAAUCACUUUGAAUUUAUCAGUGUAUUAGGAAGAGGUCACUUUGGAAAGGUCAUUUUAAGCAAGUACAAACCAACCGGUGAAUAUUUUGCCAUAAAAGCUCUUAAAAAAGGUGAUGUUGUCGCUCGAGAUGAGAUUGAAAGUCUAAUGGCCGAGAAACGGAUACUCGAAGUGGCCACCAAAACCCGUCAUCCUUUUCUUAUUAACCUAUUCGCCUGUUUCCAAACCAAUCUUCAUGUUUGUUUUGUCAUGGAAUACGCUUGUGGAGGAGAUCUCAUGCUUCAUAUUCAUCAAGACAUUUUUUCUGAGCCUCGGGCUACUUUUUACGCUGCGUGUAUUGUGCUUGGCCUUCAAUUUUUACACGAAAACAAGAUUAUCUACAGGGACCUCAAAUUGGAUAAUCUUCUUCUCGAUGCCGAGGGUUAUGUUAAAAUCGCUGAUUUUGGCCUCUGCAAGGAAGGUAUCGGUUUCGGUGAUAGAACUGGAACUUUCUGUGGUACACCCGAAUUUCUAGCACCUGAAGUGCUUACUGAUAAUUCCUACACAAGGGCAGUUGAUUGGUGGGGAUUAGGAGUUCUAAUUUUCGAAAUGCUUAUCGGAGAAUCUCCAUUCCCUGGUGAUGACGAAGAAGAAGUUUUCGACAGUAUAGUCAAUGAAGAAGUUCGAUAUCCUCGAUGUUUAACAAUCGAAUCAGUUGCCAUAAUGAAAAGACUUUUAAGAAAGAAUCCAGACCGAAGACUAGGAUCAAGUGAAAGAGACGCUGAAGAUGUUAAAAAACAAUCUUUCUUCAGGCAUAUCAACUGGGAUGAUCUUCUCGCUCGUAAAGUUAAGCCUCCGUUUGUGCCCACUAUUAAAUCGCUGGAAGAUGUUAGCAAUUUUGACAACGAAUUUACAUCAGAAAAACCAGUAUUAAGCCCACCCAAAGAUCUUCGAUAUUUACCAAGACUUGAUGAUCAAUUAUUCAAGGAAUUUGAUUAUGUGGCUAAUUGGUGAUCAAAUAAUCAUCACAAUUAAACUCCCAACACACAACACAAACAACAAAAACACCACCAACUCUUUUUCAACUCCUUUUCCACCUCCAAGUUUCCUCUUCUAAUUUUUUUUUGUACUCACAAUUUAUCACUCAUCAUCGUCACUACCUUUUUUUAGACUGUUAAAUGUGAUUUACCAAUUUAUCAUCACGAGAGACCAAUAAAUAUUUGAAAUAUUGAAUUGAUUACAUUUGUAACUACAAUUAAUAAAUUAUAUUCACUGUCAA